AUGAGUAUGGCGGAUCCAGAGUCAGGCGAGAUCAGCACCAACUGGUGGGCCAAGGCCAAGGAGCGCGUGCUGGAGCAGAGGAUCAUUGAGCAGGCGACGGAGAUAAGCUCGCUGCGUAUGAAGCUGGAGAGGCUGGAUGCAGAGGUCCAAUACGCGCACAAGUCCUGGGCACCCAGCCAGCCGCCUGCCUUGCUUCCUCGCGCACCGCUCUCAGUGGUCGAGCAGACCAUCGAUGAGCGGAUCCGCACCCUCUGCCAGACCGUCUGCGCCAUCGCCGUGGUCUACUUUGCGCUGUACUCCCUCAGCCACGUUCUCGUCCUCUUCUUCCUGGCCGUCGCUCUCAAGUACCUUUUGACUCCACUCAUCGACUUUCUCUCCUGCCAGCACCCGCUGUGUCAGCGACAUCAGCGCCGCUGCUUCCGGCUGCCGCGGCAAUGGGCGGUGUUUUUCGCGCUUGUGACCGUCGUCGUCGCGAUGACAAUGCUUUCGCUCAUUGUCGCCAACUCGCUCUCUGCCUUUGCGAGCAAGGCUGGCGUCUACAAUGCGCGCAUCGAGGCGAGCGGCCCGACAGACGAUAACUUGUUCGAUGCAAUCACUGCGGCGCAGAUAUCGCUAGGCAUGCUGAACGCGACCACUGCAGCCUCAGCCGAGGAAAAGAUGAGCCACUUUGCAGACCUGGAAAAGGAAAUGGCGAAACAGCUCGACGUGUCCGACCUGAUCGUCAAUUUUCUUGGCUCCGCCUCGGGCGUGCUGGAGAAUUCGCUCUACGUUGUGCUCUUCCUCAUCUUCAUGCUGGCCGGCAAGCAGAUCUACGCGUACAUCGGCGGCAAGGUGGCGCUCUCGAUUCUGGUGGGCGUGCUCCACGCCGUCAUCCUUUGCUGGAUCGGGCUCGAGACAUCCCUCUCGCUCGUCUUUGGCACACGCACCCCGCCAUGCAUGCUCACUUUCUGGUUGAAUUUUAUCCCUGCAAUCGGCGCACCCCUCGGCGUGCUGCUUCCGAUGCCCUUCGUCGGACUCGACCCGGAAUUCUCCACCAUGGAGGUUACGCUUGCCUUUGUCCUGCCCAUGGUGCUCGCGUUCCUCAACAAGGAUGUGAUCGAGACCAAGGUGUUCGCAAACACGACGAACCUCGACCCGGUGGGCGUCAUGCUCGCCAUCUUGCUAUGGGGUUCCGUCUGGGGCAUCACCGGCAUGGUGCUUGCCGUGCCCAUCACUGCCGUGCUGCGGAUCUACCUGGAGAACGUCGAGCAUCCGCUGAUGCGCUACCUCGCGAUCAAGCUCGGUGCCCCACUCGCGAGGGCGUCGCAGCUCAACGCUUUGGAGGAUGAAUCGCGUCGGAUGCGGGAUGCGGCUCUGUCAAUGCGCGCGCAGUCGCGCGCCGCGAUGGAUCCCGUUGAGCGUGGGACGGCCCCGUCAAUGAGCGGGGAGCGGCUGCUGUGA